AUGAGAACAGUGAUUCCCUGGUCAUUCCCCCCGGAGUUAAACAUUCUCCUCAUCCUCCUUAUCCGUUGCAUCUCCGCUGCCCCUGGUAGUUCCCUUCUUCAACGCAUGUCCGCAGUUAACUGUCAGCUCGUCGGUGAUUCCCUCUGCAGCAAACUCUACGGCAACAGCUUCUGCGACCGCAGAAAGAAUGAAUGCCGGUGUGCAGCCGAUUACGUCCUCAUUUCUGAUGGCAAUGAUAACAUGGCCUGCAAUGAGGGUAAGCGGCGGUGAUCAGCGACAUGCACAUUACCGCAUUUUUGUGCAGAAUUCUACUAAAAUCCCUUGGCAAAGCCUGCUUGGGAAAGAGAGAGAUGUCGGUAGCUACGGAUGGAUUCUCAGAUAGGUUUGAUAGCCGGAAGCGUUCUGCAGCUUUUCCAAGUAUUAAGGCCCCAUAAAUACGACUAAUUAUUUUGAAAGUUAUAACAUAUGUGCACGUAUGCUUUCAGUAACCAAGGGCACUACUCGAACAUUCAAUUCGGGAUCAGGAGAGUUUCUGAAAAGAAGAUUUGCACUUCAAUGAUGACAGUGGAGAAAUCCUCCAGCCAAGUCAGACGCCGACCAUGUUUAUGUACUGAGGAAGCUAAGAUUUGGAAUGGUUCGUAAAUAUGACACGAAAAGUGUGACACAUCUACACUUGAGAAGAUGAUUUCUGAAGUAGAAGUUCCAUAGUCAUGGGCUCAUGCGUGUCAGAUCUCGGGUGACGUAGUUAGGAUUGUUGGUCAGUCUGGUGUUUGUCGAAUUUUCACAGAAAAAUGUCGAGGCUCCUAACACAUGGCUCAGUUUCUCGCAUGCUGCCACCAAGCGCAGCCUCGUGUAGGCGAGACAAAUACCUGGCCGAUUGUUUGACCCUGUGUGUCGGUCUCUGGCUGCCAAAAAGGAGGACUUAAAUUUUUCGAUGACAAAUUCGCCGGGACCGUAGUCCUCGCAGUUCGCCCUCUCUAGGUGACUGCUGUCAAAAUACGGGGUGUGGUCA